CCAUGUGAUCACAGUCGAUGCAGUCAGUCAGUCAGUCAGACACACGGACGAAGGCAGAGAACUUGUGACCGAGGCAGUGGCUGCGGUUCAGCUCUGUGCCAGAUAAAAGUCUCCCUCCCUCCGACCUCUCCGUCUCCGUCUCCGCCGUACCGGACAACAUGGACUGCGGCAUCGUCACGUCCAAAACCAUCCUGCUGUUCCUCAGCCUCAUAUUCUGGGCUGCAGGAGCAGCGUUGGCUUACGUUGGAGCUUACGUCAUCCAGAGCUAUGACACCUUUGAGAGUUUCAUCCAGGACAAGAAGACGCUGAUCCCAGCAGUCAUCAUCAUCGGCAUCAGCGUGGCGAUGCUGAUUUUCGGUCUGGUGGGAUGCUGCGCCACGCUCCGGGAGUCCAAAUUUGGCCUCAGCUUUUUCUUUCUGAUUAUCAUGAUCAUCUUCGCAGCUGAAGUGGCUGCUUUGGUAUUUAGCUUCAUCUACCAAGGCAAGAUAAAUGAAGACCUGGGACGCUCUAUGAACGAUGUCUUCUCAAAGUAUGGCGGACAGGACGCGGAGACCAAAGCGGUGGAUUUACUGCAGACUCAGUUCAUGUGCUGUGGUGUGAAGAAUUACACCAGCUGGACCAACACUACCUGGUAUUCCACCCACAACAACACGGUGCCGGUCUCCUGCUGUAAAAACGCAACAGCGCCGUGCACCGGCCGGCUGGACCAGCUGAGCCUGCUUAAUCUCGAGGGUUGUGAGGUCAAACUGGAGAAUUUCCUACACGGCGCCUUGACUUAUGCCAUGCUGGUCAUUCUUGGCUUUGCUAUUAUAAAGUUCUUUGGGAUGCUGAGUGUAUGCGUGAUAACCUGUAAAAGCAGCCGGAGGCACGGUUACCAGCCCCUGUAUGCCUGAAACUGCCCAAGCCCCCUUGUUUUGCUCCACUGGGUUUCCUGACUGCUUACUCUGUCCUGUACAGAAGCAUCGAUCCUUCGCACAAAACUGACAUUUAUUUAAAUGAUAACUUACUAUAAUCUAAAGGGGAUAACAUCGGAGUAUGCGCAUCUCUGUCAUGGUAUAUCACUUCGCUGGAUACGGACAUGUCUUUGAGUUUUUAGAUGCUGGCUGAAUUUUCUGCGUUUGAGAUCUUUUAUUAUAUAAUUUCCAUUUGGUGAAGCGGCCCGUGGUGUUUCCCUAGGAACACAAAUGACCAAAGCAAUCUCAAAUUGUUGUUCCCAGUUGGAUUGUGUUACUGAAAGCCUUCUUUUUCUGAUGCAGCAUCCUGUUUCUAGCAUAGUCUGACCUUGCAAUCCUUCAAGACAUCAGAAAGGAGAAUGACCUUCACUCUGCUGCAUCAUGUAGAUAUUCUCUUAAAGGACAUUGUACUUUGAGUGUACUUCAAUGACAGACUUCAUACUACGGUAUAUUUUAAGUGGCUUCUGAUUGUGAGCAAAAGGACAGUGGUUUAAUACCUUACUUAGGGUCACAAUGUUUAUAGCCGCCUUAGUAAAUGAAUGCACAUGUCAUUUUAUGGUCAGUUAACUGUACUGAAUCAGAAUCUCCUUCUAGUUUGCUGUUUGUUGUGUUUAUUAUAUGUCUAAAUUAAAAAAAGGUGCCUAUUUCCACCAUUA